GAUCAUGAUAUGGAUAGUCAAAUGUUUACAUGGGGAAAGAAGGAUGAGGUGAACAAGACAAGCUUGAAAUCAUUUCAGAUAACAACACCCAACCUUUUGAAAACACCUGAUGGAUUGGCAGAUUUGGGUCAGCUGUUGCACUUUGGGAAAUCCAAAGCAUUUGCUGGGGAUUCUGAGCCAUUGAGAAGGAGGAUUUUGGAUCCAGGAAAUGAGCUGGUUCAGCGAUGGAACAAAAUAUUUCUUGUUUCUUCAUUUCUUGCUUUAUUUCUUGAUCCACUUUAUUUCUAUCUUCCUUCAUUCAGAAGUUCUGAUUCUUGUAUGCAAAUUGAUUGGACACUUGCAAUUACUGUUACUGUUCUCCGUUCGAUCACAGACUUAUUCUACAUUUUGCAUAUGAUAAUAAAGUUUCGAACUGCAUACAUUGCACCAAGCUCACAGGUUUUUGGAAGAGGUGAACUUGUUGUUGAUCCUGCACAAAUUGCAAAGAGAUACUUGAAGACAGAUUUCAUUCUAGAUCUUGUUGCAUUAUUGCCCUUUCCUCAGCUUAUCAUCUGGGGCAUAAUACCUUCUUUAAGAAGUUCAAAUAGUGAUCAUACCAAGAAUAAACUGGCUUUGGUUGUCCUUUUCCAGUAUUUUCCCAGGUUAUAUUUAAUCUUUCCCGUGACAUCUGCAAUUGUCAGAACUUCUGGAGUCGUUAUCAAGACUGGUUGGGCUGGAGCUGCAUACAACUUAUUGCUUUACAUUCUAUCUAGCCAUGUAAUAGGUGCUGUUUGGUAUCUGCUGGCUAUUGAACGUCAAAACACAUGUUGGCAGACUGAGUGUAGAAAUGACAUUGCAUCAAAGUGCCAGCUUGACUUCUUAGAUUGUGGCAGUUUGAGAAAUGGUUUGAGUUCUGAUCGUGAACAAUGGAUGAGCAUUACAUCAGUAUUAAAUAAUUGUGAUGCAAGUAAUUCAAGCAUCACUUUUCAGUUUGGUAUUUUUGCAACAGCUUGGACAUCUGAGAUCCCCUCUUCAAAAUUCAUUGAAAAGUAUUUCUACGGCAUAUGGUGGGGUUUGUUGAAUUUGAGUUCUCUGGGGCAAAAUCUUGUAACUAGCACUUUCAUUUGGGAGAAUGCAUUUUCAAUCCUUGUUAGCACUUUGGGUUUAAUAUUAUUUGCAUAUGUGCUGGCAAAUAUGCAGACCUACUUGGAUUCUCUAACAAUUAGGACAGAAGAAUGGAGAGUGAAAAGAAGGGAUACUGAAGAAUGGAUGAGACAUCGUCAACUACCUGAAGAUCUUCGUGAACGUAUUCGUCGCUAUGAUGAGUACAAAUGGGUUGCUACUCGAGGUGUUGAUGAAGAGAUACUUUUGCGGAGCUUACCCAUGAACCUUCGUCAUGAUAUACAACGCCACUUAUGUUUAGACCUUUUACAACGGGUCCCUUUUUUCUCACAAAUGGAUGAUCAGCUUAUUGGUGCCAUAUGUGAAGGGCUAACACCUGCUCUUAGCACUCAAGGAACCUAUAUUAUUCGGGAAGGAGAUCCUGUAAAUGAAAUGCUCUUUAUUAUCCGUGGUUACUUAGACAGUGUAACAACUGAUGGAGGUAGACUUGACUUUUUCAAUUCAAUUCUAUUGGGUCCUGGUGACUUCUGUGGCGAGGAACUGCUCAGUUGGGCAUUGCUUGCAAAAUCAAGUUCAAAUUUACCGCCCUCAACAAGGACAGUUAAAGCAUUGGUGGAAGUAGAAGCUUUUGCAUUGCAAGCCGAAGAUCUAAAGUUUGUCGCAAACCAAUUCAGGCGUUUGCACAGCAAGAAAUUUCAACAUACAUUUCGAUUCUAUUCUCAUCACUGGAGAACGUGGGCAGCCUGCUUUAUACAAGCAGCCUGGCGGCGUUACAAGAAAAAUAAGUUAACAGCAGAACUUUUUGAGAAAGAGAGCUUCUGUUCUUCUCAAAACCAAGAAUUUGAAUCAUAUCGCUCUUUUGCUAGCUCAGCAGAUGAUGCUAAUGCAGAUAGCAACGGUACCCCUGCUGCAACCAUGGCAGAAGUUCCACAGAAUAACCCCCUUCUAGAGGUUACACUAUUGGCAUUUCCCUUUGCUGAAAAUACAAAGAGAGGGUUUAUUAGGACAAAGGAUAUGAGUUCUCAUGCUGCAAAUGAUCAAAUGCCCAAGUUACAGAAGCCUGAGGAUCCAGAUUUUUCUGUUGAGGCUGAGGAUGAUUAACGGAGUAAUUGAUAGUCAGUCACCACAGGGCGGCGUGUUUCAUCUACAAUGAAGCAUUUAAUGCCAAGCUCUGGAAACUAAAACAAAAGCAUGCAAAUGUCUUGAAGAGAAAGUUAUAUUUCUUAUAAUCCCUGCAUCUUAUCAUGUGUUCCUCCCGCUUUGACAAUCUACUGCCAAUUUGGUCCCAGCUGUAUAACUACAUGAUAAUUUUAUAUUUGAAAGUUUAGUCUGCGUUAUGCAUUUGCGUAGCAUGCUAGUUUAUGGGCCAAACAUUAAUGUUGAGAUGACAUUGAAAUCUGAUUCUUUAACAUUGAGAGGAUCUUAGACAUUCCAUCUGUAUCAGUGCAAAGGAAAUAUUUGAAUGCUACACAAUAACAGUGCUAUUAGGCUAAGUAGUAUUGCAAUGAGUUUUCUUUUUA